AUGUUCAGCGGGCGUAGACUAUUGCGACAGUAUUGUAAAAUCUUCGACAACCCACAAGAUGCUAUUGCAGAUAUAACUCCAGGGUCAACGAUAGCUGUUGGAGGAUAUCGCUCAUGCGGAGUACCUGAAAAUCUCUUAAGAGCUCUUAAUCAUUUAGGCUCAUGGGACCUCGGCAUCUAUUCUAUGAGUUCUGGGCAUAAGGACUUCGGACUUGACCUUCUUCUUCAAGCUCGUCAGAUAAAACGCUUAACUACAACUUACCUUGAGCCAGGCUCUUUGGCUUACAAAGAAUGGAAAAAUGGAAACAUUGAGCUCGACAUCAUCCCUGGCGGCACCUUAGCUGACAAAAUUAGAGCUGGAGGUGCAGGUAUCCCAGGGUUUUACACCCAAACAGGGGUAGGAACUAAAUUCGAAGAAGGAGGAUUCCCAAUAAAAUACAUGACUGGUGGCCGAAGAGUAGAAAUCCUAUCAGGCCCAAAGGAAAAAAGAAGUUUUGAAGGCGUCGAAAAUUUAUUUGAGGAAUCUAUCAGGACUCAAUUUUCGCUCAUUAAGGCCUAUAAAGCUGAUAAACAAGGAAACUUGAUUUUUAAUAAAACAGCCAGAAAUUUCAACCCAGAAAUGGCGACUUGUGCAAAGGUCUCAAUAGUGGAAGUUGAAGAAAUUGUGGAGGUAGGAGAGCUUGACCCAGAUCAUAUAAUUACCCCUUCGAUUUUUGUCAAUAGACUUAUCAAAGGUGAAAAAUAUGAAAAACCCACUGAAGUUGUAGAAGAAGAUGAAGGCACUGAUGAUAGAGUUGACCCAGACAGGCUGAAAAUCGCGAAAAGAGCCUUAAAAGAAAUUAAAGAGGGGAUGUAUCUCCACCUUGGAUUCGGAAUCCCUAUUAGCAUUGUCUCUAAAUUGAUCCCAGACAAAUCGAAAGUAAAAAUCCUUACAAUCCCUGGUGCAUUAGGUGUUGGAGGACCUGCAGAAAAAGGACAAGAAGACCCAGAUUUGAUCAACGCUCUAAGAGAGCAUAUUAAGCUUAUGCCAGGCUCUGCAAUUGUAUCGUCAUGCGACUCAAUGAAUAUAAUGAGGGGCGGACAUUUAGAUUUAAUUAUGAUGGGCGCUUACGAAAUAUCACGAAAUGGUGACAUCGCAAGCUGGAACGUUGAAGGCGAACAUGAAAAAGGCAUCGGAGCAGCCAUGGACCUUGUUUCAAGCAGAAAGUCCAAGCUUGUCUGCACUAUGAUUCAUACAAGGAACGGGAAACCUAAGAUUGUAGAAGAGUGCAACUUGGAUGGCUUGACUGGAAGAGGGGUUGUUGACACCCUGAUUACAGAAUUAGGAGUCUUUGAAUUCAAAAGAGAAGGAGGGAUGACCUUGACCGAAAUCGCUAGAGGUGUCUCUGUAGACUCUGUCCAAGCAAAUACAGGCACUUCAUUCCUUGUCGCCUCAGAUUUAAAGAAGAUGGAUUAA